UAAGAAAACAAUCCAAACACCUCCACUUCCAUUGGCUCCCAAAUAUUUCUCCUCACUCUCCCAUAAUUCAUCAUUAAUUUCACACAAACAAACACACACACACACAUCUCCCACCAAUGGCAGCCACAAUGGCCACAUCCAUGGCACUCCUCAACCCCAAAUGCUUCACCCCCAAAACCCCCACCACCACCACCACAUCCAAGCCAUCAAAGCCCCUCCUCUCUCUCCCAAAAUUCCUCACCCCCGCCGCCGCGGCCCCCCUCACGGCCCCGGCCGUCGCGGGCGCCGUCUUCGCGGCGCUGUCCGCGGCCGAGCCGGCGUUCGCGGCCCAGCAGCUGGCGGAUAUCGCGGAGGGCGACAACCGCGGCCUCGCCCUCCUGAUCCCGCUCAUCCCGGCCAUCCUGUGGGUGCUCUACAACAUCCUGCAGCCGGCGCUCAACCAGAUCAACAAGAUGAGGAGCUCCAAGGCCAUCAUCGCCGGCCUCGGCGGCGGCCUCGCGGCGGCGGGGCUGCUCCACCCGCAGGAGGCGGCUGCAGCUGCGGAGGCAGCGGCCGACAAUAGGGGGCAGCUCCUGCUGUUUGUGGUGGCGCCGGCGAUCGGGUGGGUGCUGUACAACAUCUUGCAGCCGGCUUUGAACCAGAUUAACAGGAUGAGAUCGGAUUAAAUAUUUCAAAUCUUUUUUGUUUCGUUUGCAUGGAAUUGUACCAUUCUAUUAAUACAAACUCUUUCUUAAA